AUGGAGAGGUCGGCCCACCUGGCGGCGAUGGCGGACUCACUGUGGUUCGCACCGGAUCGCCGGAUCCCGGUGGACGGCGGGGCGGCUGGAAGGCGGGGAGUGGGGGUGUGGCGCCAGCUUCAAGCCUUUGAAAUGGGCAAGGACCCCACGGUUCUGACUGUCCACACGGGGGGACUGCGCCACGGCAUGACUCCGGAAAGGGCGACUUGCCUCGCUGCGGUGUGGGCGAGUCGGACGUGGCCUGGAGCGCAGCGGUUGCCCGCUGCGGCUGUCCGGGUGUGUUCCGAGGCGGUCCGGGAGCGGGGUCGUGGCCCGCUGCGGAUCGUGGCACAGAUCGUCCCGGAGCUGCUGGCGUGGCUGAGAGACGCGUUCGGACUGAGGGGCGAGGCGCUCACUUCGGCGCUCACCAUGUCGACGCUCUUCGAGGCCGCACCCAGAGUGGUGGGGGGGGCGUGGUCGGGGGGGGAGUGGGGGGUGGAGGUGGAUGACGUAACCGCGGAGGAGUGGUCGAGGACUCCGUGGCCACACAACGUCCUGAUCACGAUUGACGAACACGGGCAGGGGGCCCUCACUAGAGUGUACAAGAAGGCGGUAGCCACGGCGGAAGCGGGCGGACGGGUGGUGAUGGUCGUUCAGGAGGCGCCGCAAGAGGGGCAACAGAAGUCGCGCUGCGCCUAUCAGAACCUGAGCAGUAAUGGGGCGGCAGUGGACGCGGUGCUCUUCUUCCCGGCCGGGACACUCGCCUUUGGACACGCGGCGGGAUGGGCCAACGCCACGGAGUCGGUUUACGCGAACACCCACGCCUGGGCAGGGGGUGGAGAGGAAGAGGGCAGCGUCCUGCAGUUAAGGGGAAACCCGGGGUCAGGGCUCUCUAGCCCGUAG